AUGUCUACCAUCUAUCUCUCUUCUUCUAUCUAUCUAUCUAUCUAUCUAUCUAUCUAUCUGUCUAAUUCUACCCCUCUUCUUCUAUCUCUCUCUUCUAUUUUCUAUUUGUCUUCUACUAUCUUUUUUUUCUCUCUGUCUUCUAUCUCACAUCUGUCUUUCUUCUUCUAUGUCUCUUCUGUCUUCUUUCUUUCUUUAUCCAUCUCUUUUCUUCUAUUCUUCUUCUUCUUCUUCUUCUUCUUCUUCUGCUUCUUCUUUCUCUCUUCUAUCUCUAUUCUUCUCUCUCUCUUCUACCUCUCCUCUUCUGUCUUUCUUCUAUCUCUCUUCUCCUGUCUUCUUGUAUCUGUUUCAUUCUUCUUCCGUCUCUCUUUUUCCAUCUUUCUUUAUUUAUUUUUAUCUCUUUUCUUCUAUCUCUUUUCCUCUAUUUCUCUUAUUCUAUCUCUAUUUUUCUAUUUCCCUUCUUUCUCUCUUCGAUCUCUCUUCUUCUGUGUCUCUUCUAUCUCUCGUUUUGUAUCUCUUUUCUUCCAUCUUUCUUCUUGUAUCUCUUCCUCUAUUUUUUCUCGCCUCUCUUCUAUCUUUUUUCUUCUAUCUCUCUUUUUUUUCGCCUCUCUUUUUCCAUCUUUCUUUUCUAUCUCUUCUUCUAUCUCUCUUUUUUUCUCGCCUCUCUUUCUUCUAUCUUUUUUCUUCUAUCUCCCUUCUUCUAUCGCCCUUUUUUCUCGCCUCUCUUUAUUCUAUCUUUUUUCUUCUAUCUCUCUUCCUCUAUUUCUCUUAUUCUAUCUCUCUUCUUUUAUUUUCCUUCUGUCUCUCUUCUAUCUCUUUUCUACUUUCUCUCUUCUAUCUCUCUUCUUCUGUGUCUCUUCUAUCUCUCUUCUUCUAUCUCUCUUUUUUAUCGCCUCUCUCUCUUCUAUCUUUUUCUUCUAUCUCUCUUCUUCUAUCUCUCUUUUUUAUCGCCUCUCUCUCUUCUAUCUUUUUCUUCUAUCUCUCUUCUUCUAUCUCUCUUUUUUAUCGCCUCUCUCUCUUCUAUCUUUUUCUUCUAUCUCUCUUCUUCUAUCUCUCUUUUUUAUCGCCUCUCUCUCUUCUAUCUUUUUCUUCUAUCUCUCUUCUUCCAUCUCUCUUUUGUCUCUCGCCUCUCUCUCUUCUAUCUUUUUUCUUCUAUCUCUCUUCUUCUAUCUCUCUUUUUUAUCGCCUCUCUUUUUUUCGAUCUCUUUUCUUCUAUCUCUCUUCCUCUAUUUCUCAUCUUCUAUCUUUCUUUUUCUUUUUCCUUCUGUCUCUCUUCUGCUAUCUCUUUUCUACUUUCUCUCUUCUAUCUCUCUUCUUCUGCGUCUCUUCUAUCCCUCUUCUUCUCUCUCUCUCUUUUUCUCGCCUCUCUUUCUUCUAUCUUUUUCCGUCUCACUUCUUCUUUAUUUUUUCUUCUCCUUUUUUAUUUAUUUCUCUCUUAUUUUUUGCUUUUUUCUUUCUAUCUUCUUCUUUCUCUGUUCAAAUUUGUCUCUGUUUUCUCUUCUUCUUUUGUCCUAUUCCUUGCUCUCUUUUCUACUUCUCAAUUUCUUUUUUCCUCUUCUUUCUUCUUUCUUUUUUCUUAUUCAUUUGUUUCUUUUUCUUUUCUCAUCUCCCAUUUUUCUUUUCUUUUUUUCUUCUUUCUCUUUCGUCAAAACUUUCACGUUGAUUUUUUCUCUUUUCUAUCUUUCUUCUUUUCUUUUAUCUAUCCCUCUUUUCUCUCUCUUCUUUUCUCGCCUUUCUUUCUUUGUUUUGCCUUUCCUUUCUCUAUCUCUUUUAAAUUUUUCUUUCUCCUUUUUUUUUAUUUCUUUCUUUUCACUUUCUUGUUUUUUGCCAUUUUCUUUUAUGUUGAUUCUUUCUCAAUGUUCAGAAUUUUUUAUUUUAUGUUUUUCACUAUUAUCUUUUCUCCUAUUCCUUUCUUCUUUUCUCUUCUCCUAUUUCUUUUUUCCUCUUCUUUCUUCUUUCUUUUUUCUUAUUCAUUUGCCAUUUUUCUUUUUCUCUCUUCUCUCUCUCAUUUCAUGUCUCCCGUCUUUCUCUCUUCUUCUUUCUCUUCAAAACUUCUCUCUUUAUCUCAUUCUUUUUGUCUCUUCUACUUUCCUUCUCUUCUUUUUCUAUCUCUCUUCUUCUUUCAUCUUUUUCUCUUCCGACUUUCCCGUUAUCUCUCUUCUUCUUCUCUUUCUUCUAUCUCUUCUUUUAAUCUCUUUCUUUUUUUAUUCUCUUCUUCUGUCUCUUUUUUAUCUCUCUUCUUUUGUUCUUUCUUCUUUUCUUUCCUCUUCUUCUUCUCUCUCUUCUUCUUUUCUCUUCUAUCUUCUCUUUCUCUUCCCUCCCUCUCUCUCUUCUUCUCUCUCUUCUUCUUCUCUCUUCUUUUCUCUUCUAUCUCUCUUCAUAUGUCUCUCUUCUUCUUUCUCUCUUCUAUCUCUCUUCUUCUUUCUCUCUUCUAUCUCUCUUCUUUUGUGUCUCUUCUAUCUCUCUUCUUCUAUCUCUCUUCUUCUUUCUCUCUUCUAUCUCUCUUCAUAUGUCUCCCGUCUAUCUCUCUUCUUCUAUCUCUCUUCUUUUUCUCUCUUCUAUCUCUCUUCUUUUGUGUCUCUUCUACUUUUCUUCAUCUAUCUCUCUUCUUCUAUCUCUCUUCUUCUUUCUCUCUUCUAUCUCUCUUCUUCUAUCUCUCUCUUCUAUCUCUCUUUCUUUUUCUUCUAUCUCUUUCUUCUUCUUUUUCUUUUUCUCUUCUUCUUCCUCUCUCUCUUCUCUUUCUUCUCUCUCUCUUCUUUUCUCUUCUAUCUCUCUUAUUCUUCUCUCUUCUUUAUCUCUCUUCUUUCUUCUCUCUCUCUUCUUUAUUUUUCUUCUUCUUUCUCUCUUCUCUCUCUUCUUCUUUCUCUCUCUCUUCUCUUUUGUCUCCCGUCUAUCUCUCUUCUUCUUUCUCUCUUCUUCUUUCUUUUCUCUCUCUCUCUUAUGCCUUUUCUUCAUCUCUCUUCUUCUUUCUCUCUUCUUUUUCUCUCUUCUCUCUCUCUUCUUCUUUUCCCGUCUAUCUCUCUUCUUCUUUCUCUCUUUUUUCUGUCUCUUUCUAUCUCUCUUUUCUUCUCUUCUUCUUCUAUCUCUCUUUUCUUUCUUUUUUUCUUCUUCUUUCUCUCUUCUAUCUCUCUUCCUUUUCUUCUCUCUUCUUCUCUCUUUUCUUCUUUCUCUCUUCUUUCUCUCUUCUUUUUGUCUCUUCUUUCUUUUCUUCAUCAAUCUCUUCUUCUUUCUCUCUUCUUCUUUCUUCUUUGUCUCUCUUCUUCUUUUCUUCUCAUCUCUCUUCUUCUAUCUUUCUUCUUCUUUCUCUCUUCUUCUUUCUCUUCUUUCUCUCUCUUCUUCUCUUUUUCUCCCGUCUAUCUCUCUUCUUCUAUCUCUCUUCUUCUUUCUUCUUCUUUCUCUCUUUUUAUCUCUCUCUUUCUUCUCUUUUCUUCUUCUCUCUUCUAUCUCUCUCUAUCUCUUUCUUUAUUUUCUUCUCUUCUCUCUUCUUCUAUCUCUCUUCUUUCUUUCUUUUUUCUCUCUUCUCUCUCUCUCUUCUCUUUUCUUCUUCUUUUCUCUCUUCUUCUUCUCUCUUUUCUUUCUCUCUUAUCUCUCUUUUUCCCUCUCUCUCUUUUCUAUCUCUCUUCUUCUUCUUUUUUCUUUCUCUCUCUUCUAUCUUUUUUCUUCUCUUUCUCUUCUCUUUUCUCUCUUCUUCUUCUUUCUCUUCUCUAUCUCUCUUUCUCUCUCUUUGGAAAUAUCUCUCUUCUUCUUUUCUCUCUUCUUCUUUCUCUCUUCUAUCUCUUUUCUUUCUCCCUUCUCUCUUUCUUUUUUCUCUUCUUCUUUCUCUCUUCUUUCUCUCUCUUCCUAAUUUCCCUUUUCUCUUCUAUUUUUUUUCAUCUUUCUUUUGUCCCUCUCUCUUCUCUCUUUUCUCUCUUCUUCUUUUUUCUCUUUCCUCUUCUUCUUCUUUCUCUCUUUUUUCUUUCUCAUUCUUUCUCUCUUCUUUUUCUCUUCUUCUUUUCUUCAUUUCUCUCUUCUUCUUUUUUCUUCUUCUUUUCUUUUCAUCUCUCUUUCUUUUUUCUCUUUAUUUCUCUUGUUAUUUUCUCUCUUUCUCUUUCUUCUUCUCUCUUUUCUUUCUUCUUCUUCCCUUCUUCUCUCUUCGUUUCUUCUAUCUCUCUUCUUCUCUUCUUCUUCUUCUUUCUCUCUUUCUCUCUCUCUUUUCUCCCGUCUUCUCUUCUUUUUUCUCUCUUCUUCUGUCUUCUCUUUCUUCUUUUUUCUCUUCUCUCUUUUCUUCAUCUUCUUUUCUUCUAUCUCUCUUCUUCUUUUCUCUCUUUCUCUCUCUUCUUUUUUUUAUCUUCUCUUUUUCUUCUUCUCUCUUCUUCUUCUCUUCUCUUCUCUCUUUUUCUUCUCUUCUUCUUUUCUUCUUCUAUCUCUCUUCUUCUAUCUCUUCUUCUUCUUUUUCUCUUCUUUCUCUCUUCUCUGUCUUCCUUCUUUCUCUCUUCUUCUCUUCUCUCUCUUCUUCUUUCUCUCUUCUUCUCUUCUUUUUUUCUCUCUUCUCUUCUUUUCUUUCUCUAUCUCUCUUCUUCUUCUCUCUUCUUCUUUCUCUUCUCUUCUUUCUUCAUCUUUUCUCUUCUUCUUUUCUCUCUUCUUCUCUCUCUUCUUUCUCUCUCCCUUCUUCUCUCUCUUCUUCUCUCUCUCUUCUUUCUCUCUUCUUCUUCUCUCUCUCUUCUUCUAUCUCUUCUCUUCUUUUCUUCUCUUCUCUCUCUCUCUUUUUCUCUCUUCUUUCUUUUCUUCUCUAUCUCUCUUCUUCUUUCUCUCUUCUUCUUUCUCUCUUCUAUCUCUUUCUUAUUUCUCCCGUCUCUUUCUCUUCUUCUCUCUUUCUUUUCUCUUCUUCUUCUCUUUUUCUUCUCUCUUCUUCUUUCUUCUUCUUCUCUCUUCAUUUCUCCCUUCUUCUCUCUCUCUUCUAUCUCUCUUCUUCUUUCUCUCUUCUUCUUUCUUCUUCUUCCUCCCUUCUUCUUCUCUCUCUUCUUCUUCUUCUUCUCUCUUCUCUCUCUUUCUCUCUCUCUUCUCUCUUCUUCUGUCUCUUCUUCUUUUCUUCUCUUCUAUCUUCUUCUCCUCUCUCUUCUUCUUUUCUCUUCUCUCUUUCUUCUUUCUCUUUCUUCUUCUCUCCUUUCUUCUUUUCUCUCUUCUCUCUCUUCUUUUUCUCUCUUCUUCUCUCUCUCUCUUCUUCUCUUCUCUUUCUCUCUCUUCUCUCUUCUUUCUCUUCUUCUCUCUCUCUUCUUCUUUCUUCUUCUUUUCUUUUCUUCUCUUCUUUCUUCAUCUUCUCUCUUCUUCUUUUCUCUUCUUCUUCUUCUUCUCUCCUUUCUUAAUAUCUCUCUUCUAUCUCUUUUCUUCUUCUCUCUCUUCUUCUUUCUCUCUUCUUCUUUCUCUUCUUCUUCUCUUUUCUCUCUCUCUCUCUUCUCUUCUCUUUUCUCUCUCUUCUUCUUUCUCUCUUCUUCUUCUCUUUUCUCUCUUCUUCUUCUUCUCUCCUCUCUCUCUUCUUUUCUCUCUCUUCUUCUUUCUCUCUUCUAUCUCUCUUCUCUCUUCUCUCUUCUCCUUUCUCUCUUCUUCUCCUCUCUUCUUCUUUCUCUCUUCUAUCUCUUCUUUUUCUUUCUUCUAAAUUCUUCUUCUUCUCUUCUUCUCUCUUCUUUCUUUCUUCUUCUCUCUUCUUUUCUCUUUCUUCUUCUCUCCCGUCUCUCUCUCUCUUCUUUCUCUCUUCUUCUUCUCUCUUCUCUUCUCUUCCUUCUCUUCUUUCUCUCUUCUUCUAUCUCUCUUCUUCUCUCUCUCUUCUUUCUCUCUUCUUUUUCUCCCUUCUAUCUCUCUUUUCUCUCUCUCUUCUUUCUCUUUCUCUUUCUAUCUCUUUCUUUUCUUUCUUCUUCUUCUCUCUUCAUCUUCUCUUUUCUCUUCUUUUCUUUCUCUCUCUCUUCUUCUUUUCUUCUUCUCUCUUCUUUUCUCUCUUCUUCUUUCUCUCUUCUCUCUUCUUUUUUCUCCCUUCUAUCUCUCUUCUUUUUCUCUCUUCUUCUUCUCUUCUCUCUCUCUUUCUUUUCUCUCUCUUCUUCUUUUCUUCAUCUUCUAUCUCUCUUCUUUUCUCUCUUCUUCUUUCUCUCUUCUAUCUCUCUUUUCUAUCUCUUCCCUUCUUUUCUCUUCUUCUUUCUCUCUUCUUCUUUCUCUCUUCUUCUCUCUUCUUUUGUCUCUUUCUUCUCUUUUCUUUCUCUCUUCUUCUUUCUCUCUUCUUCUUUCUCUCUUCUAUCUCUCUUUCUUUGUGUCUCUUCUUCUUUUCUUCUUCAAUCUCUCUUCUUCUUCUCUCUUCUUCUUUCUCUCUUCUUCUCUCUUCCUUAUUUCUCCCUCUUCAUCUCUCUUUAUUCUAUCUCUCUUCUUCUUUCUCUCUUCUAUCUCUUCUUUUCCUUGCCUCUUCUUUUCUCUCUUCUUCUUCUAUCUCUCUUCUUCUUUCUCUCUUCUUUCUCUCUUCUUUGUGUCUCUUCUUCUUCUUCUUCUCUCUCUUCUUUUUCUCUUCUUCUUUCUUCUUCUAUCUCUCUUCUUUUUCUCCCCUCUCUCUUCUUUUUCUCUCUCUUCUUCUUCUUUCUCUCUUCUCUCUCUUCUUUUUUUUUCUUCUACUCUUUCUUCUUCUUCUUUCUUCUUCUAUCUCUCUUUUUUUCUCUCUUCUUCUCUCUCUUUUUCUCUCUUCUUCUUCUUUCUUCUUUUUCUCUCUUUUCUUUCUCUUCUUCUCUCUCUCUUCUCCUCUCUCUUCUCUUCUCUCUCUUUUCUUUCUUGUCUCUCUCUUCUUCUUUCUCUCUUCUUCUUUCUCUCUUCUUCUUUCUUUCUUCUUUCUCUCUCUUCUAUAUUCUCUCUCUUCUUCUUCUUUCUCUCUUCUUCUUCCUCUUUUUUCUUUCUCUCUUCUUUCUCUCUUCUUUUCUUUUCUCUCUUCUAUCUUCUUCUUCUUCUUUCUUCUUUUCUUCUUCUUCUUUUUUAUUCUCUCUCUUCUUCUUUCUUUCUUCUUCUUUCUUCCUCUUUUUCUUCUCUCUCUUCUAUCUCUCUUCUUCUUUCUCUCUUCUUCUCUUUUUUGUGUCUCUUCUCUUUCUUCUUCUUUCUUUUUCUUCUUUCUCUCUUCUUCUUUGUCUCUUCUAUCUCUUUCAUUUUGUCUCUUCUUCUUUUCUUCUCAAUCUCUUUCUUCUUUUUCUCUUCUUCUUUCUCUCUUCUUUCUCUUUUCUUUAUCUCUCUUUUCUUUCUCUCUUCUUCUCUCUUCUCUCUCUUCUUCUUUCUCUCUUCUUUUUCUCUUCUUUUUUCUCCCGUCUAUCUUCUUCUUCUUCUCUUCUUUUCUCUUUUCUUUUUUCUUUCUUUUCUCUUCUCUUUUCUCUCAUCUCUCUCUCUUCUAUCUCUCUUCUUCUUUCUCUCUUCUAUCUCUCUUCUUUUCUCUCCCUUCUUUUCUCUCUUCUUCUUCUCUCUUCUUCUGUCUUCUUCUUCUUUCUUCUUUUUCUCUCUUCUUUUUUCUCAUCUAUCUCUCUUCUUCUCUUCUUCUUCUUUCUCUCUUCUUCUCUCUCUUCUUCUCUCUUCUUCUAA